AUGAUCGCGUUUAUAAAAGCAAUCUACAAUGCAAGUACAUUUCGAUUUCGACCCAUUACCUACGAGGGAGAUGCUAGCGACUCCAGUUUCUUCGACGAUCGGACCAACUUAUCCGAGUUGAGUAGAAACGUCGACUUGGACCAUGCAAAUUCUCCCACUGUGGGUGAUGCUGUCACUACCACAGGCCUGCUGGACAAUCCUCAAGGCGUCUUUUCCACAACCGAUGCCAUUCGUCGUCUUCUGCGACCAGUGCGGGAGAAACACUCUUCAAAGGAGGCAGAAGAGUCAAUCCCAUCUCACUUAAAGACAAUCAAGUUCGCUAGCUGCAAGCAUCUUGCGAACCUCUAUCUUAAAUCGGAAAACCUGGAAACUGCUCUUAAAUGGUUUAAAUUGGCGGUGGACCUGGACGCGACAGAUUUGAGCGUUUGGCUGAAGCUAGCUAGCACCGCAAUCACACUGCAUCGGUUUGAUGUGGCCACACCGGCACUGACGCACAUCCUCAAAGAACAGCCCUCACACCCACUGGCUCUGCACUGGGCUCUACCUUACUUUUUUGCCAUCUCUGAGUUUGAAGCCUGUAUCUCGUACUCGGUGCGGUGCCUCUUCAUCGAUCCGCGCAACCAAGCGGCCAUCCACUGCAUCCGGCGUGUGUUAGCCCUACGACCGAGCCUCGAUUUUCUGUUGGAAAAACUUUUGGAGCGCCAUCCGAAUGUUUUGUCGCAUGCGAUUGUCUCCGAGGAGGCCAAAGUAUCGACUGACGAGCGCAUUGCGAAGAUUCGCGAGGGUUACAUGCGAAUGUUGGAUGAGUUCAAGAACGCGGACGCGAUCAAAACGGUGAAGUUUCCGGAACCCUUGACCAAACUUUCGUGGGAGCACUUGGCCCAUGCCUUUGUCAACAUGUUCGAUCGGCUCAACAAGGAGGGCACGAUCAACUCAAUGCUCGAUCUACGGUCUCUCUUCGAGGGAUGCCAAAUCCCUUCCAGGCAGCACUCACAGGAUACUGAAGUGGUUGCUUCUAUGGAUGUCGUUAUCAUAGACGUCGAUUCCGAGGUUUCAUUCCAACCACUCUCUUCCGACACCUGUGGCGACUCCUCCCAGCAGGCAUCUCAAGUACACCCCGAAUCCACCGAGGCUCAACAAACAUCGACCGGUGUCAAGGGCGAUGAGGACGAUCAUCGAAGGAUUUCCAAGCGCAUCCGUCGAUCAACAGUUAUGUUUGACGACAUACCACAGGGUUCACAUGGCCUCUCCGGGGUGAUUACCACUACUCCCUCCUCCUAUAACCUCCACGUCGUCACUCCCGGCACCGGUGCUGCCAUGGUUGCUGCCUCUACGCCGUGCGCGGGUCCCCACGGCCCCUCCACCACUGCAGCCGACGCACAACUUACCCGAUGGCUGUGGAUCGAGAAGGCUACGCGUUUUCGCUCUCUCCUGCCCUCUUGCUUCAGAGACCUGGCCCUUUUAACAGAGAAAACACAUGCCUUAAGUAUUCAGGGAGAUGUGGAAUCCGACAAGCUUACACUUGAACGCCACCUCGCCAAAGGUAGUGAAGACGAGGGUGCAACGCCGUCCGAUGUGGUAUUGGAAAGUGAUCUGGUGACAGAGUUUUUGCGCACCCUGGCUGACGAUAAACCGAAUGCAGUACUGCUAGGAGUGGCGCUGCUUUUGCAAAUGUCUGCUCACAUCAAACCAUGGACACAGUCAUUUUCGACGGCAUAUCUGGCCGUUUCUGCUCGUAUUCGUCCAUGUCUCCCCCUUUGGCAACCGAGCACUCUUCCUAAAGAGCCCAAUCCACCAACGGAGGAGCUCAUCCUCCCCAUCGAUCUUCUGCGUUUGCGCCAAUGUCCGAGUUUGUGGCACUUGACCAACCUGCAUACUGCCUACGCAGAAGUGCGUCUGGACGCGUUGGUUCUCUGUCACAAGGCUACCGAUUCCGCCAAGCGUCGCUCCACCUCUUCCUCUGCCUUUUCCCGCCGGGCUGGCGCCGUUGACUUCGAGGACCUGGAAUUCAAGGCACUGUCACAGGCUCUCCAAGUUGACUCAGCUAGGUUCCUUGAACCCGAUGAGACGAUAUCGAUCCCCGACUUCAACAAGGUGAUAGAGUUGGUCUCCCUUCUUCCCGAGGAUGCCCCAGAAACACUUGUUUUUCAUGGAAGAAUUCUAUGGAUUAACUACGAGCUGAGUGUGGCCACUCACAAAUAUGAUGCAAUGAAGGACUACCUCUUGCAGAUGAAAGAAUUUGUCACCGAACACGGUUCACUUCGGCGUUCAUGCUCCUUUCGUAAUAGCUACGUUACUCUUGAUCGAAUCGAUGAGUUGUUGGCGGAGGUAAAGGAUGCAUCGAUAGGCGAGAGGCUGCAGCACCUCUGCAAAGCGGAGCAAGAUACUGCAAAGCUAUUGAAGGCCCUUAAGGACUGCCUUCACUCUCAUUCUGCUGCUCUUUGUAAGGGCAAAUGCACUCAGUUGCAUCCCGGCAUUCACUUGGAGGGUAUUCCACGCAUAUGCCGAAUGCUCUAUCAGCCCUUGAUCACCCUCGACAGGAGGCUUUCAGGGUUGCAUGGCGAUUCUGAGGCAGCUAGGGAGACGGUGUUACUGGCGCUGCGGUGUUGGCGCGUGGCAAUGCAAACACUGGCCCUUGUGGCGGCGAGAUGCGUGAAGGGUGAACGCCUCUCCUCCCUCCCCACUCUGCCCCUACCCGAGGAAGAGGCUGCCGGUCUUGAGGACGUCUGGCGUACUGUCACUGUUGCCUACGCCCUCCUACAGACAUGUUGGGAUAUCAUAGACAGUGAAAUGUCUUCUGAUCCGAAUGCCAAAGCAUUCGCCAAGAGGCUCACCCCAGAGUCGCUCUGUUCCAAGGCUAUUUUCACCUUCAAGCAGUGCGAUGGCAAACUCCUCAUUCUGACAUUCGGACAGUUUUGUCAAACUCUUCGCCUCAUUAUCGACACUUUUGCGUGGCGGCUGCUGGCCACAGGCGCUCUGGGUCUGCCAGUCCCCGAACUUUCCUACAAAUUUAUUGUAUUCGUCUACGAAAUUCUUGACAGAAUAGAAUCAUGUUUUCCUAUCCAUCUCUUGCAUCCCAAGUUGGCCAUUUAUCGAGCACUGUACGACCUCGGUAGACCAGAUGUUGACCAGAGAGCCGUGCGCAGCAUCCUUGCCUUCCUGCGCGGCUACCCCUCCUCUCGCAUGCUCAGGUGUGCCCGAGGUCGUGACACUGCCCCACCCAGCCUUCUGUUACUUCAUCUCCUCCACGACCUCCUCCCCUUCACAACCACCCACUGCUGCUUCUCCUCCGCUCCUAUGGGCCUGCGCUACCUCCGCUGUGUCGCUGUCACCGUUGCUCGCGCUCUCCAAUGCCUCUCUGAGGGCUACCACCGACUCCAAGCCUCUGAAAACACGGAUGCCGAUGACGAAGACUUUGUUGAUACUCCCCAUCAGUCGAUAGAGAAGAUGGAAGUGGAAGCCAAGAUGACUAACAGUAGUCACCGUCUCUGGCCAUUUGGCGGUGCCCGAGUUGGUGAGGCUUUAGCGCAAGCGAUACACUGCCUCUGUGGCCUGCCGGCACGCCCCUGUGCGUCCACUUCUACCACUACAACCACCACCACCACUACCAGUGACCCUAGUAAGGUCUCCUCUCUCGCUUCCUCCUCAUCCAGUCCCAACUCUUCGCGCUUCAAGCAAGCAGCAACACCACCAGAGCCAGCCUACAAGUCUUAUGAAAGAAGGGUGGAAGCGGUGAUUGAAGUGCCAACAUUUACGGCGCUUCCUUCAGCUACUGUUCCAAUGCCACCCUCCUGCGUGGCUCCGAGGCCUCCUAUUUGGUUAGCUGAUAGGACCCUCUUCUACGAAUCCGUCAAGGAACACGUCAUUGAUCUAAGCUGCCCUUCUACCAAUGUUGGUGUCUGGUGGUCGGGAGCUCGACCUUCCGCGCUGGAUUGGCAACUCAUCGAACUCGCCUUCAUCUUCUAUCGUCCGGCUAUAGUCCCUGAGUAUGACAGUAUCAAAUCCCUCUCAAUUUCCUCAGAGCUUGCAAACUGGCUCACGGAGGCAGUGAAGCUGAUGCCGAAGACCUACGAAGAGUUCAUGAUUCCGGAGGGGCAAAUUGACUCCUGCAUGACGAUGCACGCUCCCUUGCCCGAGCAGAUUCAUUAUCUCAGUGAUAUGCUGAACCUCAUGUAUUAUCUCCUUGCGGACUACUAUACAAAAAACAACAAUUUUGAUCUCGCAAUACGCUACUACAAGCAGGAUCUGCGAGUAGCCCCGCAUCACGCUGACAGCUGGGCAGCUUUGGCUCUCAUCUACAGCAGCCACUUGGAGCAAAUUCUUAAUGUGAUCGACCCAAAGACGGAACGAGUGACCUCACGUGCGGUAGCAUCCUGCCUGCGCUGUUUCGAUUUGGCGCUGCAGCUUCAGCCGCGCCUCACCACCCUCCUUACUGAGCGCGGCUGUCUCGCCUACCAGCUACACUCUUAUGCAGCCAGGCUAAUCAAGAAGUCUAUCAACCGACCCUUUCAAGAGACCCAUCUGCGGUUAUGUAUGCAGUGGCGCCGACGAAUGCUGACCCUUGCCUACCGCUCCUACGGUCAGGCACUUCGUCUGGAGCGCAGGCGCUCCUCUUCGCCCGAGGUAACACAGAAAGAGGUGCAGCCAUCAUCCGUGGCGGCGGGCGAGGCGGCAGUGGUGGAACCAAGCCCCCUCUCUAUCUCUUCCGCUUCACCCUCCGCCGUCGGUGGUAGCGGUGUUAAGGUGAGCCCGGUGACAUCGACACCUGUGGACGAGGAGUGGCUCUACCACUAUAUGCUAACCAAAUGUGAAGAGAAGGCUGGUCCGGGAGCACUCUUUCGUGAGGAGAAUUUGAAAAAACAUCAGCUGCAUGAAACUCGCUCCGAAUGGGUGCUGCGUGUGCUGAACAACUACCAGCGCACUGCUAAUAUCUUGCGUGCGGCGGGUGCCAAGUACCCAAAGAAGAUCAUUGUCUACAACAAGUUGCCCCACCUCGCAGUGGAGUCUAUUGAGGUGUUCUACCGCACCCACGCCUUCAUUUUGAAGGUCCUUCUUGCAGCCGGUGAACCCGAACCCUCCUCACCAUCCCCUCUGCCUCUGCGGCAGAUCUGCGAAGCUCUCUACUCCCUGACUCAGUCAGCAUUCGUUACGGAACCCGCUAAAGCCUCAGGAAAGAUUCGAAGCCGGAAGCGGCCCUCUUUGAUGCCAGAGCCGCCGGCGAAGGUGACAAGACUAGAGGGUGUUAUUGGUGGCUGUAGUGUUAGCGGUGGCGCCCUUGACACCUCUGUGGAAGCUCCCACUUCCUCCCCUCCGCAGAGCGAUGCCGAGGUCACAGUGGAGGUUGUCUCGCGGCCAUCUUUUGCUUCAAUUUCUGAUUUAGAUCUGUGGAAAAAGUGUGUGGAGUACUGUCGGGAGGCGCUGGAGUUAGUUCUGCGUCGGUUGCCAUUGCACUACAAAUCGAUGUACCGUUUAGCCCACCUCUAUCUGAACCAACCCUCAAUGCAGGAUCUGGACAAAGCCAUGGCAAUACUGAUGGGGCCGUUUGAUCAUGUAACUAAAGUUGAGUACGGCGGCUUGUUCAAAGAUAGACGUCAGAGCAAUUUCUUUCAUGGUGUUUGGCGAAUUCCCACGGCGGAUAUCGACCGUAGCGGCAGUUUUGCAUCGCAUAUGUACCGCUCCACUUUGAUGGUGCUGGAGGUGCUCAACAAACGCGGCGACUGGACUCGUAUGCUGCAAGUUUUCCACCAGCUUCGCAAACAACCACCCGAAGACAAGCAAGGCGACCGUGUCUUUCUGGCACGUCGGGCCUUCAGCCUAAUCCACCCAACUCUGCGUUUGUGGUUGUUGCGGCAACAAGAACGGGUGCAGCAGCAGGAAACGAGCGGUGGAUGGAGUGAAGUAAGCGUGGAGACACUACAACAAAUCUAUCGGCUACACUCGUUUGCGCAGUCGCGUGCUUCUGCUGCUGCUGCAGCCGCUGCCGCUGCCAGCGCCUCUCAGACUCCACCACCAUCGUCUCAGCCGCAUUCUUCAGUGGAGUGCGUGGAGGCAGAGGAGGAGCGAACGGAGGAAGCGCGCUCUACUGACGUUGCGCCGUGCUUUGCUGAACUGCUUGCACAAGCCUACGAACUGUGUCCUGCGGCUUGGGACUCGGCUGGCCCAAAUCUGUCGAAGGAUCUCAUUUUAAAGCGCUGUUUGGAACUGACAAGUACCCCAUCUGCCUCUACUUCCUCUCAAAUGAAGUCGGCUUCAACUUCCCGUUUAACAGACGCUGCUGCUGCCCAGACCAUCUUGUAA